GCGAGGAGUGCAAACUGGAAAUUUUCCUGUGAAUGUACCCUGCAAUGCAGCUGACUUUUCCACCGUCUCUCAUAGGUUUCUAUUCCGGACACUUCUUCAGAGGGCACUCUCCCCUUACGAACGCACCCAUACGUGCCACACGCAACAUUGAGGCUGUCCACUUGUUAAAACGUGGCUCGUACUAUGUAUUUCUGAGCAAUUCAUGAUUCCUUCCUUCUCUACACUCUGACGCUCUUGUCCACGGCAUCUGAAUGGUCUCUCAAGGCCUUGGUCGCAUUUUGGCGAAUUUGCGCAAGUACUUGCUAUCUAACAAACCUGCAGCCCGCAUUCUACUUGUGCUGGCUGUGCUGCGCGAAUGUAUUCGUCGCGCAAAAUCUCGGCUUUUGGCAACUUCGUUUGUCCGCUUGAUCAGAGAGUAUAUCCUCUCGUUCCUAAGGCAACCGCGACGUUUUCACGAUUCGUCGGUGACGAUACUCCCAAGCGUCGAACCUUCCAAAAAACAACGGCUCGUAAUUAAGACCCACUCUUUGUCGGACACCCCAUACAUCAGCCCUUCUGGCCACCUAAGCCCGUACUCGCCUUCGUCGCCAACUAGACAGACGCCCUUAUACUUUGACAAUCCUUCUGAUGCCAGUUUAGCUGCACCGCUCACGCCUACAGUAGACAACGAAGACACCACUCCAAAACAGGAUCUUAAAAGUCCUAUAUCUUGUUCUAUUCCGCCGUCCCCCGGAGGUGGACUCGUUCGGGCAGCUACAUUCGCCGGGACUCCAGGCGAUCCUUUGGGAGGCUUCGCAAUUGGUUCGCAACCGCGAAGGCAUACGUUGGCUGUGCCAGCGGAAAAUCAGGAUGGGUCACAUCGGCCAUCAAGUGCACUUUCUGAAACUAGCAAGAUGUCCCUUGGUCGUGCGGCUUACAGACGCCACGAUGGUCCCAUGCCUCGACCACGCUCUCCCUGUCCAAGCAUUUAUGGGGUAUCCACGUCACAUUUGAAAGCCAGUUCCACAACCAGCCUCCCUUACGGGACGCAGGCCGAGUCCUCCACCAGUUUCCACACACGGGCGAUCCUCAAUGCAUCUUCCGAUAUGGUCCACACUGAAGAGGCUGUGUUUGUUUUCCCUGAACCACGUUUUAUUCCCAUGUCCGCGAACGACGUUAUGCGAUAUGAUAGAACUGCGAAGAGCCAUGCAAUGAUAGACCCCACAGUUUCGGACUACACCGUCAAGGAGUAUUUGGUUGAUUACCCGACCUUCGAGGGUGCCCUUCCUCAUGGAUGGUCGGCGCAUGUCCACCCAGAAGGAGCCCUUUAUUACCUCCACGACGAAAAGAAAACGUUUACAGAAGUGGAUAUAUGCAAUGCGACUGUUCUUGCAGACAUAGAACACUUUCAAUAUACAUUAUAUGGUGAACUUCGUCAGGCUAUACAAGAAGGAAGGGUCGAUUUGCAGUUGAAAGAUGUAGAACUUGUUCUGGAGCCUAGGUCUGAUGACUAUGGAGUUUUGUGCAGCUACUACUUCGUUCAUCGACACAAGAGGUGUCUCUUCUGGUUGGAGGUUUUCGAUGCGCGCAGUGUUCUCGGUGACUGCAAAGGCGUCCAUGCUCUGUCUCACAAAAGACUUGCUAUCGAAGCGCAGUACUGGAAACACAGAUAUCUUUUUCCGGUCUUGGGUAAGGUCACUGGGGACCUCGUCAGCGAAGUGAAGAACAUGAUGUUGCACGCAACUUGUGACCACCUCAGCUCCACUCGUUCGACAGCCGCUCUGAACACUGACGAGCUGCAGAAUUACCUUUCGUUGGUGGAUAAGAUUGACGUAAACACCUCUUCCCGUUGUGACCAUACAGUCGUCAUUCUCGGACGACUAAUGAACAUUCUUUACCGUAACCAAUAUCUUAAUUUCCACGGACAACCGUGCGCUCGACUGAGUGUCGAUCAAACCGUCCAUGGAUGGAGGUAUCGUCCUUCAAAAGCUAUGAUCGUGCUCGCACCACUCCUCUGCAUGGCCCCAGUCGCCCACGUGCGCUCGUUGCACAGGAGCUUUGUGGACAAUAUCGCUAGCAGCGUUGAGUGGGGCGUAUUCAUUGCGAAACUGAACGUUCAACUACAGAAUCUCAAUCUCCUUGGUACUGUGUUGUUGGGGGCAAACGUUGGUUUCCUUGCUAUUCAGUCUGUCGAUGUGGGGAACGGACGCUCUGUAACCCAAAUCGCCAGCUAUACGUCGCUGGUAUUCAGCUUCGGUAGUCUCGCCUUGGGUUUGACCUUCAUCGGUCUCAACCUGACUGGGCGUGAAAGGGGAUCUGAAGCUGCAAAUUUCCUUCGGCGAAUGAGCGACGAGCGCCACGGACUUGAGAAACUCGCCAUCAUUUACAGCCUGCCAUAUGCGUUUCUUAUGUGGAGGUGGGAUGCCAUGUUGUGGGUGCUGGAACUAUUGUUUACCGUCAUGACAGUAUGCUUCUCUUCUUGCUCGCAUUCUCCGUUGAGUGGUGCAAACCCGGCGAUAAGAUUUCAAGGGCCAUUGUCGGCAGCGUCCUCGUGGUUGUUGGUGGGGUCAUAUUUUGGUGCAUCCAUGUUGCUCAGGAUCGGAAAGCUCGGUGGUGGUGGGAGCCUGACCCCCGUUUCGCUCCACACCAAAAGCGGCCUCCUUUGACUAAACGCCUUGUUGCUCGCCUGCAAGAAUGGAGCCGACCAUGGCAUCAUUUCAAUAUCCCGAGGUUUACCACGCGCCGAAACCCACUUGACAAUGAACUUCCGCAUGCAAGCCCCAGCGGCGCUGCAUCGACCGCGGUCGACCUUACGGUUCCAGUGGUGACUUUGCAGAAGCCCACGAACGACAUCUCGAAUAUAUCGCUCAAUACCGACACGUCCAGAAGGAACUGGCGUGUUUAAU